AAAAAUUGGAACCAUGGAGCAUGGUGCUGAUGGCAGCGGGGACUUGACGUAUGUGACAUUGAUCACUUCGGAUGAUUUUCUUAUGGCUGUGCAAGCCUUGGCAUCAUCCUUUCGGUCAAGUGGGACGAAGCACUUGCCAAUGCUGGUCCUCCACACAGAACAAGUCUCCUCCAACACUCUGGCACGUUUAUCCAGGGACAGUUCCCUCACACUGCGAGCAGUGGAAACUAUCCCAAACCCACAUUCCACAAGUGUGCCUGGUUGGGUCAACUCUGGUUUUACCAAACUGCGUGUUUGGGAACAAGAUGAUUUUGCAAAACUUGUGUACAUUGACGCUGAUUGCUUGGUUUUGGAAAAUGUGGACGAACUUUUUGACAGAAGUUGUCCAGCAUUCUGUCCGGACGUGUUUCCACCUGAUAAAUUUAAUGCUGGCGUCAUGGUGCUGGAGCCCAGUCGGAAGAUAUUUCAGGAGAUGCUGACACAGGUUGAGCAGAUGCCCUCGCAUGAUGGAGGCGACACUGGCUUUCUGAACUCUUUCUUCCCUGACUGGUACUCCUGGCCAGCAGAGCAGCGAUUGCCAUUCCGCUACAAUGCUUUGCGGACAAUGUAUUGGUUUACGCAUUCAAAUCCAGGAUAUUGGAAAUCUGUGGCACCUGUGAAGGUGUUACACUUUUGCUCUUCACCAAAGCCAUGGGAUUCCGAUGCCAAAAAAGGUGACCUCGAACAGAUUUGGUGGGAGCACUACUUGAGGUCGCAAAUUCCAUUCUGAUGCGGUGAAAUUUGCUGAAUCUCUGAGAAGUUGCUGCGCUUACACAAAAAGUAC